AUCUGCCCGCCUCGACCUCCCAAAGUGCUGGGAUUACAUGCCUGGCCCCAAGGUGUUUUUCUAAGAAACAAACGCUAGGUGGAAACACAUACGUCAGCUCACGGCUACCCACAAGAGCCCAUUCCCUACCUGAGGUCUUGGCAGGGCAGGGUUCAGUGGGCACCUCUGCCAGGCGUGAAGGCCUGGGCUCCUCUCCCCACCUCAACCCUUUGCAGUCCUUGGUUAUGUCUAGCCCUGCCUUCCCUCCAAGCCUCCUCCCUCCAGGGGCAGGCCACUGUCUGAGCCCUGAUUUGGUGCUCAGUGCUGGGUGGACGCUGGCAGGCAGGACACAGGUCAUGCUUUGAGAAUGGGUCCUUCAGACACACAAUCCUAAACGGGGAAGCAGGAGUCUCAGGUGCCAGGCACAUCGUCGCUGCUAGCCGGGAGGUCUCCAGAACACCGGCUUCUCUCUCAGAGCCCUCUUGCUCCCCGCGUCCUUCUUCUGGUGCUUAUAGGCCCUUCCCAAUGCCGACAUUCUGUAGGCAGGCAACGAAGGGACAGCAGAGCCACCUUCUCUGCAGCCCUCUCCCCGGCAAAUGUAAGAAGGGUUAUUUCCUCCCCCAGCAGUGGGGAACCAAGCCCAACAAGAUGAGGUUUUGACCCUCCUCUCCAAGCACGGCCCUCUUUUUCAAAACACCCUUAAGUCAUAUCCGCCUGUUUUCAACUCCUUGGUUGCUUGCCAAGAUGGCCACAGGAGAGGAGCCCAUCACACAAACGCUGCUUCUGUUCUUUACGCCCCACCCCUCCCAAGCCGCCAAAGCCCAACCGGGGGCAGCCACAGCAGGGACACUCAGCUCCCUGGGGCUGCUGCAUCUGUGCUGAGGCAGUCAAGGCCUGAGCAGGGCUCAGAGGAUGGCACACAAGCCUGUCAAGUCCUCUCAUCACGUGUUCCUAGGUGCAGUCUAAGACAAGCACAGCCCAGGCGAAAACAUCAGCCACACAGCAGAAAAGGAAACUGCAGAAAUAAAAUGGACUGUGCGUUGUAUAUUGCUAUUGAUCUUCAUCUGCAAAAGUCUCGAGAUUAUCAUGACUUGAGAUUAUCAAGACCUUGAGAUUAUCAUGGGGAGAUUCUGGGAGUGAAGUUCUCUGGACAACGCUCUGACGAUUGAGCUGGAGGAAGAACACAGUAGAACCUCUGUUUCGGUUGCGUCACUUACGUGUUUGUGUUAUGUAAUAUACAUAUUUAAACAGUCCGUAAGUGAGCAUACAUAUGUCACAGUGAAUGCUCAGGGAAGUAUUUUCACAGAAGUGUGCCUUAUCAAAGAGUCUGGAAUCCACUAUCAAGCAGUCAUGCUGUUUACCACAGGAAUGUACCAGGGGUGAAGUUCUUCCAACUGCCAAGAAUGAACUGUCACAGGGAGUCUGGGUUGUUGGGAACUGAAGCACUGUCACAUUCCACUGAAGAUAACAUCAGCCAGGCAACUGCCUCUGCCUGAGAAAGCGGGAGACAGCAGUCAGGAAAAGGCUAGAAAAUGGUGUCCGUCUCAGCCAGGCCCCCAGGGAACCCAGAGGGAAUAUUUGUGCUUUGGCAGCAAAGACAGUGUGGGGCAUCCCAAGAGGAAGCAAAUGACACCUGAUCAUUCUCCGAGCCUACACUCAGCACUUUUCCAGCAUCUCCUGUCUUCGUCCUGGAAGCCCGUACUGAGCUCCACUUCUCCCUGGGACAGGCCCGUGAAAUCAAGGCGAAACGGGCGGUGGACCUGGUCUGUCCCAGAAUCUGUUUGUACAGAGUGAUCCUCGGCAAACUGAAAUAAGACGGCAAAGGUGCCCGGGAGCAGAGUGGCCAUGCAGAGUAAGGGACCCUGACGCGCUCCCUCUGCAGUGAUGUCAGUGUUGUCUCUGUGGGCGGCUGGGCAGGCCAGGGUGUUGACUCUGCCUGCAGAAUGGAGAGCAUUCUCCCAAGCCUCAUACCUAACUGGGAGGUCAGGAUUAACGUGAAAAGUGGCCGUGAUGAAAGGAAAGAGCACCCCAAGAUCUGGCUACCUCGGGCCCUGAGGCAGACCUACAUCCGGAAGGUUGGGGACACAGUGAACCUACUAAUCCCAUUCCAGGGCAAGCCCAAACCUCAAGCCACCUGGACACACAAUGGCUGUGCCUUGGACACCAGCCGUGUGAGCGUGCGGAAUGGGGAGCGAGACUCCAUCCUCUUCAUCCGAGAAGCCCAACGUGCUGACUCAGGUCGCUACCAACUCCGUGUCCAGCUAGGCGGGCUGGAGGCCACGGCCACCAUUGACAUCCUGGUGAUUGAGAGGCCAGGCCCUCCUCAGAGUAUUAAGCUGGUGGACGUCUGGGGCUUCAACGCUACCCUGGAAUGGACACCUCCCCAAGAUACGGGCAAUACAGCACUCCUGGGAUACACGGUGCAGAAGGCUGACACAAAAUCUGGGCUGUGGUUCACAGUGCUGGAGCACUAUCACCGCACCAGCUGCAUUGUCUCCAACCUCAUCAUCGGCAACUCCUAUGCCUUCCGCGUCUUUGCUGAAAACCAGUGCGGACUCAGUGAAACAGCCCCCAUCACCACUGACCUCGCCCACAUCCAGAAAGCAGCUACUGUUUACAAGACCAAGGGGUUUGCCCAGCGAGACUUUUCUGAAGCCCCAAAGUUUACCCAGCCUCUGGCCAACUGCACUACAGUCACCGGCUAUAAUACCCAGCUCUUCUGCUGUGUCCGUGCCUCUCCCCGGCCCAAGAUCAUCUGGCUGAAGAACAAGAUGGAUAUCCAAGGCAACCCUAAGUAUAGAGCCCUGACUCACCUGGGGAUCUGCUCCCUAGAGAUCCGCAAGCCUGGUCCCUUUGAUGGAGGCAUCUAUACCUGCAAGGCAGUGAACCCCCUAGGGGAGGCAUCUGUGGACUGUCGGGUGGAUGUGAAAGUUCCUAAUUGAGGACACCUAAGAGGAUGUGGCGCUCUGAUAAAGCCAGUGCCCAGCAAUGAAGUGAAUUCAUGGCACAGGAGCCAGGGACCGUGAGGAGGAUGCCCUCAGCAGCCUGGUGUGCUCUGGCCGUGUGCUGUCAUGGCUACAAAAUGCUCUCUCUUUCCAGUGCCUCCAGGAAGCCCGCCCGUGGUGAGAUUCUGUCCUCCAGGAGCUUCAGCACCAUGUCUGGUUUGGAUUCAUCUAAAUAAAUGUGUGACUCCCCAGUG